AAACAAUUUACGGUGAUGACCUCUGCCCCUUCCAGCCAGCCAGACGCGGUGACGGGAACACCAGCAACACAAUGUAAUGGUUCCUUUAAACAUCAACUAUUCACAGGACAGUAUGCCGCUCACGCCCCGCCAAUACCACGCCAGCCACUGUUAUCACGGUACCAAGCCAAGACUACAACUGCAAAACAGUCGCAAUUCUUUUUGUUUGUUACCCCCCUCCCUCCGCACCCCCUCCUUUCCAGCAGCCUGCAGUAUGGUGGCGGCGGUCGCGGGGGCAGCACGGCCCUCGCCCAAUACGAGUAUGGCUGCACGGGACACACUCACGUACUGUGGACACUAUUGUUGGUGGCACUGACGGUGCUGAAGGUGGUGUUCACGAUCAUCAUCACCACCAUCAAGACGAUCCUAGUGAAGAACGACUGGUUGUGGACGCAGGGCACCACCAUGGUCAUGUCGCUGGCCCGGCGGCUGGCGGCGCUGCUGGUGGAGGGGGCCAACCUAGGCUUCAUCAACAUGACCACCACGUUGUUACACGACCUCUCCCUGUGCUGCUGCUACGUGUUCGGCCUGCUGGUGUCGGUGCUGUCCAAGAUGAUGGCGGUGACGCUGUGGGUGGUGAAGUACCUUGUGAGCCGCUGUCGAGACUCCUCCAUGGAGCACCGCCAGGCAAACGUGACGGAGGGCACGCUCGCCGCUGCCACCUCCCUCGAGGACCACGCCGGCGACCACGAUCUGGAACUCGCAGAGGGUCGCUUUCCUUAACGCUCCAUGAUGUCCCGUCCUGGUGGUGGUGGUGGUGAUGGCGGUGGUUGUGGUAAAAGUGGUGGUGUUUUGGCUCCGAUCAGCUUAAGGUCGCGAAGGGAUCUUGCGUUUUGGCCGUGAAGGGACUCAGUGUGUUGUGUAGGACUUUGAUAAUUCGGUGACCUCGACCAUUCCGCUCUUUCCUUCAAGAAUUCGCCAGUCCACCCGUCCCUUUAGUCAUCCAACAGUCCAUCCAUCCCUUCAGAUUCCCUCAGUCCUCUAUAGUCCCUUCAAUCGUCCCUCAGUCCUCUGGUCUAUUCAGUCCUCCCCCAAUCCUCUUGUUCGUUCAGUCGUCCCCCAGUCCACUUGUCUCUUCAGCAUUCCCUCACACUGGCACACUGAGAUCCCUUCAUUGCCGAACGCCCCUGACAAGCUGCCACUCACAAGCUUAGUCCAUCGGAAGCUUAUUGUUAAUCGAACCAUUUUUUUUUUUUUUUGCUCUCUCUCUCUCUCUCUCUCUCUCUCUCUCUCUCUCUCUCUCUCUCUCUCUCUCUCUCUCUCUCUCUCUCUCUCUCUCUCUUACAGCAUCUGAAUCUGAGUCUAGUCAAAGAGAAUUUUUUUUUUUUUUUAUACUUCAGCAGCUGUUGGAAUGUUUCUUCUCUUUCCUGAUUUUUAGUCGUCAGGCUUAGAACGAUAGAUCAGUUCAGAACUCGCUUGUAUUUCUGUUAUUCAUUCAUUGUCGUAGGUAGUUAAUGAUGAGUAGGCAGCUAGUUGUGUAUAGCUUUUUUGGUCUUUCGGACGUGCUUCAUCGGAGGUUGUAAUUUAAAUGACUUUUACUAAUUUUUUUUUGCCUUCUUUGGUUGAUUAUCCCGGAAGGGUGUGUCUUCAUUAAGCAUCAAGACCUCCGCGCACUUGUAAUGUUAUCUGUUGUCUCCUCUCCUGCCCUUUACAGCCGUGCCGCUCCUUCCCAGACCCAGAGUGCCUUGUGUCCCAGCACGGCUCUUCUCCACCACCCUCCCCACGAUCAUAUUAUCACAACACUCAUGAGCCACUCAAUGCUUCAGGCCGUGACGCGCACACAGGCGGCUAUCUCUCUCUCUCUCUCUCUCUCUCUCUCUCUCUACACACACACACACACACACACACACACACACACACACACACACACACACACACACACAUACACACACAACUGGUAAUCAUGUGCUAGUGCUACUUUGGGCCUUUGACGAGCUUCUAUUCUGUGAUACAUACUCAUUAGGAUGAUAGAAUAUUCGUGCUCGCGGGCACAUCGUACCAUAUACACUGUAGCUCAGCGCACUACAUUGCCAUUGUGACGUUGAGUGUCGGUCGUCCAUGACAUUCUGAAAUUUUGGUUGUUUCCAUCUUUAUGAACUCUGGACCGAGUAGUAUUGUUCCUAAAAUCAGUACAUGUUUUUUCCUCAUUGAGAAAUUUGUACCCAACACUGACUAUCAUGAUGUGAUCUCAUUAAAUUUUGCUUUAAUAUAAUAGAUAUACAUGA